CGGCAGGGCAAGCGCUGGCUUUAAGUUUUCCUGUCAGCAUCCAGAUUAAGUGCGCCUGCACCCAAAUGCUGGUUCUGUAAUUGAGCCAGCUUUUAAAUGUGUGGCCAGGGAGUACACAUCCCACCAGGCAUCAGAGAAAGCUGUUGCUGCAUAGACAGGCCCCCCAGGCUUGGCCUGGGAGCUUUCCAGGCUCAGCAGGUAGCAGCUCACCCAUGCACCUAUGUGCCUGCACUCUCCCACUCCACUCACACACACCCCAGGGCACCAGGCACACACUCCAUGUCCCCCACCCGUGCCCCUAGAAGGUGAUGGUGAUGGUGUGAGGCUCAGAGUCAGAUGGAAGGUUGAAUUCAGGGCUCUCAAGAUGGGAAAGAUGCAACCUUCAGGAACACGAGAGUGUGGCCAGAACAGGACCAGUGUGUAAGAGUGUGUGUAUGUGUGUGUACUGGUCUCUGUGUACUGGUGCAGGUUAAUGUAGGAGGGGGUUCUCUCUGGCUGUUCAAGGCUUAUCUUGGAAGCCCACAGACUCUGCAUCCACCCAGGUGCCCUCAUAUGUUAGCACAUCCAUGGUACGAUUGGACCCACUCAGUUGUGAUGGCCAAGUGCAGUGCACAGCCUGGAUAACCGUACACAGCAGCCCUGUCAGGAGCCCACAGUUGGCCAUCUCUGGACAAGAAGCCAGCUCUAUCUCAUAUAUACCUCAAUUCCAUGAUUGAGGGCAGAAUCCAAAACCAUUGUGAAUCCACUCAAACCGGGAGAAGAAGGUCGCAAAGGUCAUAGGAUCAGAGCAGCUUCUGGCUGACACCCACUCCGUGGUGGUAAGAAGGGAUUAGGAGAUUGCAAACUGGGUUAAAAAAUCCUCUCACCUACAGCUCAAGGCUGUAAUCCUAAGGACUCUGCUUCUCUAAGCCUUGUUCUAUUUUCAACUCUCUUCUCCAGGGUACAGUCUCCACUGGGGCUGCAAGGAUUUGGUGGAGACUCUUAACACCAGUUCUCUGGCAUCUGUGAGUUUGAGUGUGGGCCAUCAGCUUCUUCCUUCUUCUCUCUUCCUCUCCACAUUUCCCGGUACCAUCUGAUCCAUCAGGCCCUUCUUUGCUCAGGCCCGAAGGACUCAGGCCUGUGACAGAGGACGGCCCAUUGUCGCCAAGACACCUCUGGGUGAGGAGCAGCGAGCAGGACCUGUCUAUCUCAGGCGUCAGCCCCCUGAAGGUCUGAGCAAUGGGCAAUGUGAUGGAGGGAAAGUCGGUGGAGGAGCUGAGCAGCACUGAGUGCCACCAGUGGUACAAGAAGUUCAUGACUGAGUGCCCCUCUGGCCAACUCACCCUCUAUGAGUUCCGCCAGUUCUUUGGCCUCAAGAACCUGAGCCCGUCGGCCAGCCAGUACGUGGAGCAGAUGUUUGAGACUUUUGACUUCAACAAGGACGGCUACAUUGAUUUCAUGGAGUAUGUGGCGGCGCUCAGCCUGGUCCUCAAGGGGAAGGUGGAACAGAAGCUCCGCUGGUACUUCAAGCUCUAUGAUGUAGACGGCAACGGCUGCAUUGACCGCGACGAGCUGCUCACCAUCAUCCAGGCCAUUCGCGCCAUUAACCCCUGCAGCGAUACCGCCAUGACUGCAGAGGAGUUCACCGAUACAGUGUUCUCCAAGAUUGACGUCAACGGGGAUGGGGAACUCUCCCUGGAAGAGUUUAUAGAGGGCGUCCAGAAGGACCAGAUGCUUCUGGACACAUUGACACGAAGCUUGGACCUUACCCGCAUUGUGCGCAGACUCCAGAAUGGCGAGCAAGAUGAGGAGGGGGCUGACAAGGAGGCCGCUGAGGCAGCCGGCUGAGCGCACCGCCCAGCUGCUUCUGCACUAGCGGGUGGGGUGGUAUGGUGGUGACUGGUGGUGUUGCUCUUGUCUUAACCCUAGAUAGAAUCUACUAAACUCAGAGGCUUAGCUCGCCUCUUUGGGGUACAUGGUGGCAGCAGAGAGGCAGCAGUGGGAGGCCAGAGCCAGGAACAGUGAAGGAUGGUUCCUGGCCCCUUGGAGUGACAGCUGACUGCAGCACUCCCUGCUGGGGGCACUGUUCAGCAUCCCUCUGCUGUCUGGUGACCCCCUAGCCCUUCUGGCUCCUCUCCCAGUUUUUCCCAGCUUUCUCCACUGACCUUCUCCAUGCUCUUCUGGAUGUGGACUCUCUGAGGCAGAGCUGAACUUUCCCAGGCCUCUUACGGAAUCCUGCAGAUCCGGUGGCUGCAGCUUCAAUCUCAGUGCUGCAAUCACACAUCCAUUCUGCCCCGGGGACCCUGGAGCCUACUUGUGUGCUUUGCAUUUGAUUCACACCUCCCUUCAACAAGCAUUUACUGAGCGCCUACUAUGUACUAAUGCUAGAUGUUAGAUGUACAGAGAAGACAGUUUUCAUCCUCAAGGAACUCAUAGGCUAAUGGUGAGACCUACAGACAAACAUCAUUAUAAUAAAACAUGCUAAGAGAA